AUGCACGGAAGGCAGCUGCGCGUCGCCUACCAGGGUUCCUGGCUCCCGGGUGCCUACAGCGAGGCGGCGGCGGCCAAGGCCUACCCAUUCUGCGACGCCAUCCCCUGCGACCAGUUCGAGGUGGCCUUUCAGGCCGUGGAGCUCUGGAUCGCCGACCGCGCCGUCUUCCCCGUCGAGAACUCCCGCGCCGUCGUGCCCGUCGAGCAUCCCUGGGAGCUCACCCUCAACGCCAUGGGCCUCAACGUCGCCCGCGAGGCCUUCGACGACACCGCGGCCGCCGCCGAGCACGUCGUCGCCGCGGGGCUCCGGGACACCGCCGCCAUCGCAUCCUCCCGCGCCGCCGACCUGUACGGGCUCCAGGUGCUCGCCGACGGCAUACAGGACGACGCCGGGAACGUGACGCGGUUCGUGAUGCUGGCGCGGGAGCCCAUCAUCCCGCGAACGGACCGGCCCUUCAAGACGAGCAUCGUGUUCGCGCACGACAGGGAGGGGACGUCGGUGCUGUUCGGUGCUGUCGGCCUCGCGUUUCGGGACAUCAGCCUGACCAAGAUCGAGAGCCGGCCACACCGCUCUUCUGAACUGAAGAGAGGGGAGAUGGGGAGAGAGAGGAGGGGUGGGUUGGACUGACAUGUGGGGCCCACGUGGGCCCACCAUUUUUAUUAUUUUCUAUGUGAGACGGACAUGUGGGUCCCACAGGUAUUAUUAUUUUUCUGGAUGAAUUGCCACGUAAGCACCACGUCAAUGCCACGUCAGAUGAAGACCGAGUCAAAUUAGCCACGUAGGCAUCACAUCAUCCAAAACCGCCCUCAAAAUCGCCGAGGGACUUAAUCUGCACCGGUUUUGAUAGUUGAAAGACCUGUUGUGUCUGGUUUUCUGGUUGAGGGACGAAAAUCGAAUUCGUUGACAAGUUAAGGGACCUCAU